CUCUACAUGCUAGUGGUUCUCUGUCUUUUACACUUUUUUCAAUUCAUGCCCUUUAACUCCACUUUCUGUUCGCUCUUGUGGAUGCAGUUAGCUGCUUAAAGAAAGGGUAAAAAUUUUUUUUUUUUUUUUUUUGGUUUUUUUAGCAUGGGGAGAAGAGAUGGACAAAGAAACUAACCAACAAGAGAACCCAUCUCUCCUCCCCAACAACGCCACCAUCGUCGGAGCCGCCGCCACCGUGAUCAUCGUCCCCAAGGAAGAGUCUCCGAGAAAACCCUUCGGAGGCGGCGGGGGCGGAACCGGUGGUGAUAGGUUAAAGCGAGAUGAGUGGAGUGAAGGAGCCGUUUCUAGCCUUCUGGAAGCUUAUGAAGGCAAAUGGGUUCUCCGGAAUAGGGCUAAGCUCAAGGGUCAUGACUGGGAAGACGUUGCAAGAUAUGUGUCGUCGAGGGCAAAUUGUACUAAAUCACCAAAAACACAAACGCAGUGCAAGAACAAGAUCGAGUCCAUGAAGAAGCGGUACCGAUCGGAGUCAACCGCCGAUGCCUCCUCCUGGCCUCUCUACUCGAGGCUCGAUCUUUUGCUACGUGGCGGAAAUGGGCCAUCGGCUGCGGCGGCGGCGGCAGCUGCACAAACUCUGCAGUCACCGGCCCCUCCAACUCCGCUUUCUCUUCCGCCAAGUAAUAAUUCUGCUUUAGUCUUACUAGAGCCAAUCUCUACGGCACCGCCGCCGCCGCCGCCGCCGCCUCCUCCUGCUUGCCCUCAUCCUCCUCCUCCUCCUCCUCUUGGAACGGCACAAAAUUCACAUGGAUCUAACGGCGUUGACAGACUGGCCAAGGAAGAUCAUGAAGCAGUAAACAAAAUAUUAUCGGACCAUGCAUCCGACAAGAACAAUUCAAUGGAGACUACGUCGGAUAGCAGCACGCCAGCGCUUUACAGCAAAAAGGCGGAGAAGAUGAGGUUGAGAUCUAAAACAACGAACAAGAUGAUGAGAAUGGAGAAGAAGAAGAGGAAAAGGAAGGAAUUAGAAUUAGAUAUCGCGGAGAGCAUCCGGUGGCUGGCGGAGGCGGUGGUGAAGUCGGAGCAAGCGAGAAUGGAGGGGAUGAGAGAGAUAGAGAGGAUGAGAGUUGAAGCGGAGGCUAAAAGAGCGGAGAUGGACCUCAAGAGAACUGAGAUCAUUGCAAAUACUCAGCUAGAGAUCGCUAGGCUUUUUGCAGCAUCUGGUGUUGAAGUUGUCUGCUCAAGAGAUCAGGAACUGGUUAAGGGAGAAAGAAAUGUCAACCUUAUGGCCUUAUUAUUGAAUUUUAUGCUACUUGGUGUGGACCCUGUAUUCUAAUGGCUCAAGAACUUGAAAAAUGAAGCUGUUUCAUGCGACACAAAUUGAAGAUUGUCUGUUAAUUGUCAUUCUCGGAAUGAAUCAGGUACGGCGGUUGCCCACACUGUUCUUUGUCAGUCCCGACCCAAAUAAAGAUCACGCCAUUCAAACCGUAGAUCUCAUUCCGAUAUCAAUAACGAGAUCAUAUUUGAGUUUAGCAGCAAGAGUGGUCUAGCUUGUCAAUUUUGAGAGAAGCAAGGUCUUAUUCUGUUUCAUGUGUCACAAAUUUAAAAUUGUCUAUUUGUCAUUUUGAAAUAAU